AUGGAACAAAUAUUUAUGAUAGAAAUUUUCGUCAAAAGAAUUGUGUUAAAAAUCGAACCACCAGAAAAAGAUGAAUACGAAUUAAGAUUAGAGGAAGAAGAAAGAAAAAGACAAGCGGAAGCAUUAGCAGCAGCCGAGGCAGCUAAAGUUAAAAAACGAAGAGGCACUAAAAAAAAGAAAAGAAAGAAAGGAAAAAAAAGAAAGAAAGGAAAGAAAGUAAAAGAACCCCCUAAACCUUCAGAAGAAGAAAUGAAAUUCAUGCAAACUUGCACUUUACAGAUGAAUUGCUUGCCGCUUUUUGAUUUCUAUGUGGCCCACGAUAAUUUCAUUCCUCCGCCACCACCACCACCACCUGCCAAAAAAGGUAAAAAACGAAAAAAGGGUAAAAAAGCAAAGAAGCCAAAAAAAUCCAAAAGGAAAGGUAAAAAAAAAGUUGUUCCAAUGAAAAUUGUUCUACCUUCAGAGCCACUACCUCAACCACCUCAUUUUGGCGUUGGCAAUUCGAUCAUGUUUCUAUCGAGACCAUCAAAGCUAGAGGAAAUUUUAAGUGAAACUCCCAUUUAUAUAACAGUUUGGAAUAGAGAUCAGGAAUUCAAUUGUAUUGGCUUCUGUAAAGUCGAAUGGCACAAGUCUUUCUUCGAGUGCCUGAAAAGAUCUGCAGAAUUAAACCCCGUGAAUAUGGAUAAAGGGGAAUACAGGGACACCUCAAGACCGGAAAUGAUAUCAAAUACAUUAGAACUUACUAGAUUUUUAUCAUGUGAAGAAGAUUUGAAGCCUUCUGGUGAAAUUGAAUUUUUCAUUCGUUUGACAUGUUUAGGUAACAGAGUGAUAAGUUAUUUUGUUGCUAUACCAGAAAUGGAACGGAUACCGGGUAGAAAAUAUUUAACUGACGAUAUUAAACUCAAAGAUUUGGAAGUGGUUAGGCAUUGGGAUGGAACUACAAUAGAUGCUGUGCCUCCUAUAGCGUACUUUUUUGGAGCCCCUGAUAUUACCAGAGAGCCAAUACGACCACCUGAAGAACCAAAAGUCUAUGAAGAUUUUGUAGCUCCAUUUACAUCUAGUGAGCUUGCAAUUCUAGCAAUGGGCUUUCCUAAAGGUCCUUGUGAAGGCACGAACUGUCCGAAAAGAAUGGAGUACCGGGGUAGUCAACACCAGUUCAUUCAUGGCGAAACUAUCAAAGGUAAAUAUCAGCAUGGACUGUUUGUGAAUAAAAGAGAUGUACAUGGACCUUGCGGUAGACUAGAUUGUCCACUAGCAAAACAAGUAAGAGCUUAUCUCUGCACGGAAGGGAGUUAUAAGCCUUGUAAGAAACCAUGUUGCAAGGAUUAUUACUAA